GCAAACAAACGCUGGUAUAUAUUGCUCCUCUGUACCCUUCCUUCCCCUCUCUCCGACUCUCUCUCCCUUUCCUCUAACCUUUAGCUUUUCCACCUUCUCUCCCUCCUCUACCCUUACUCUAACAAGAGCUAGUGCUAGCAAAAUUCAGAUCCUUAGUUGCUGGUUUCGUUGUUUCUCUUUGGAGUUUGGGUUUGUAGUUGCUUGAGGUGAAGAAGUUUGCACCAUGAGUCCACCGAGUGUGAUGGGGCAGUUUGGAGACACAACCUACACCAAGGUGUUCGUAGGCGGGCUGGCGUGGGAGACCCAGAAGGAGACCAUGAGGAAGUAUUUCGAGCAGUUCGGGGAGAUCCUGGAAGCCGUCGUCAUCACUGACAAGAACACCGGGAGAUCCAAGGGCUACGGAUUUGUUACCUUCCGGGACCCGGAUGCGGCGAUGAGGUCUUGCGUUGAUCCCGCGCCGGUGAUCGACGGGAGGAGGGCUAACUGUAACCUGGCUUCCCUUGGUGUUCAGAGAUCUAGGCCUCCAACCCCACAGCACGGAGGCGCAAGGAGCUUUAGGGUGAAGUCUUUUAGCCAGCAGGCAGGGAUCCAAGGUGGGCUGGGUGCAGCUUUUCCUUCUCAGGCCACCUUCCCUCAUUAUGCCAUCCCACAGGGCCUCCCUUACCAUGUCUAUGGGUACUCUCCAUAUUCUCCAGACUACGGUUAUCCCACAAACUACUAUAACAUCUAUGGAGGAACCCAGUACCCAUUUUAUGGAGGAGCGGGAGCUGGCAUGGUGACUGGAACCAGUCCCUUUUAUCCAUAUUUCCAGUUUGGGCAGUCAGGAAGCACUACGACCAACUAUGGAAAUGGACAGGGCUACAACAUGCAAUACCCACAGAUGUUCCAAUUCUCCACUGUAGCUUCUACACCUGCUGCUGUAACAGGCUUUGCACCGCAAUAUGGAGGACCAUUGUCACUUGCAGCGAGUCCUCAAGCCCAAGCAGUGUGUAUUCCCAUUAAACAGGCAUGACUAUGGCUCUCACGGCUCCAACCUUACCAAGUCCAACUCCGGCUGCUCAUCCUUACCGGCUCAUCACCUCGCACUUUGCUGUGUCUGCUGCUCCAGAGCAAUCCUUGGCCUAACCAUGGUCUCCUUUCUCAUCGUCAUCGUCUCACUUUUAUUUUCUACGUGUUGAGUCCAUGCAUCCAUCUCUAACACCAAAGGGCACUAUUGUUGAUUCCACGUUCAUCGGUCAAAGUGCCUCCCUCUCCAUAUCCCACAUGGUUAUGUGGCGAAUGGAGAUCAGCUUAAGCCCCAGGAUGGGCUCAAAGCUUGAUGCCCCAAGGAUGGGGUUGUACUAACAAUCGAGCACAAACCAGACACUUUACCCACAGUCCCAAGGACUUCAUCCAAGAGAGUUAAUUUCAGCCAUACAAGAGAAAGGAUGUGGGCAAACGAAACCCUAACAAUCAAGCAUGACCCCAAGGAGGGUUCAUGUUGAUACAAGCCAAAUUGGACAAAACUGACAUCUAGGUAACUAAUUGAGCUAGAGCAUGCCACUCUGAAAUUUCAACAGUGGAAUUUAUACUGUAUUUAGCUUAGGAAAAGUGCUUCUGGAUGAAGCAGGGACCAUUUAGCAUGAAUUUAACACUUGACCAGUCUAUAACUUGAAUUCUAUGCAUAUCCCCCCACCCCACCAGCAGCAGCUUUCACAACAUCCUGUGUAACCAACCACUCACCUUUCCUAUGCACUGAGUAGAUGCACCAACUAACAGUUCUUUUUAUCCUUCAGUUGGUAGCUUGCAUCUAGGUGGUUAAGGCUCUAAGGAGAGCCUGUGCCCCUCAUCAGAGACAGGUUCAGGAGUGCUAAUGUUUGUUUUUGGCACUUAGCACUACCUUCUGUCAUUUUUAACACAGUGAUGGGACUCCAAAGAAGGCUUUGGAUACACCAAGCACUGAGUGCAACUCAGUAACCCCAAUGGACCCACAGAUAUAUUUUUAUUGUCUUGGGUCACCCACUCAUCUAGUUCAUCUUCUCCAGUGUCACUACCAUGGUUAGGUCCAAGACUCCCUCCCUCGCACCCCGCCCCCCUCCCUCCCCUCCAGCACCACUACUUUCUGCCUUUCUCUGUGGACAGAGACGGGCCUUAAUGCUUUUUAAUGUACUAUUAUCAAACAUGGCAGUUGUAAUAAUAAAGUGGCACUAUGCUACUUGUAGGACAAAAACUGUACUAUUUUAUCAUGCGGAUGUAGCCAAGUAUUCUGUCAAUUUAUAGCCAGUACUUUCUAUAUCGAUAUUGUAGGUCACCCUAUAAUGUAAUGUAAAAUCGCCAGCUGUGUUGCACAUUUCUUAUUCAUUAUCUUUAACUAUUUCGUCUUGGCACUUA